GCUUCUUGGGGAGUGUAUGGCAAUGCUGCUGAACUAAUGAAGGAACGGAGGACCGGAAGGCACAGCCGUGCUCUCUGCCCGCAGGCCCCCACCAUGUCCACCUUGCUGGAGAUCAAGAGCAGCGUGCUCAGGCAGGUGCAGGUCUGCCCGUCCUUCCGCCGGAGGACUGAGGAGGAGCCGGGGAGCGCCAGUGCUGACCCGCAGGAGCCUGCCACGGGGGCCUGGAAACCAGGGGAUGGCGUGGAGUUCUUCACCCAGAUGCGCCUCAUCCUGAAGAAGGAGGAAGGCAGACGGAGCCUGCCAUGCCCUGAGGUCCUAUUGCGCAGCAGCUCGCCAGCCCCCACCGAGCCUGUGGACCCCAACCGUGGCCUGAGAGCCCUAACCCAGGAGGAGGUAGAGAUGCUCUAUGAGGAAGCCUUGUACACCGUCCUCUAUCGAGCAGGAACCAUGGGCCCCGACCAAGUGGACGACCAGGAGGCCCUGCUGAGCUACCUUCAGCAGGUGUUUGGCACCAGCCCCGAGGAGCAUGCAGAGGCCAUUGAGAGAGUGAAGAAGGCCAAGGCCCCCACAUAUGCCCUGAAAGUGUCCGUCAUGCGUGCCAAGAACCUGCUGGCCAAAGACCCCAAUGGCUUCAGUGACCCAUACUGCAUGCUGGGCAUCCUGUCGGCCUCGGGCACCCCGCGGGAGCCAGGCCCGCACAAGGAGCAGCGCUUCAGCUUCCGGAAGGGUGCCAAGCGUGGCAGCCCGCAGCCAGCGAAGAGCAUCCAGGUCACCGAGGUCAAGAGCAGCACUCUGAACCCUGUCUGGAAGGAGCACUUCGUCUUUGAGAUCGAGGAUGUCAGCACGGACCAGCUGCACCUAGACAUCUGGGACCAUGACGAUGAUGUGUCCCUGGUGGAGGCAUGCAGGAAGCUAAAUGAAGUCAUCGGCCUGAAGGGCAUGGGCAGGUAUUUCAAACAGAUUGUCAAGUCAGCCCGGGCCAACGGGAAGGCGGGGCCCACAGAGGACCACACUGAUGACUUCCUGGGCUGCCUCAACAUACCCAUCUGGGAGGUGCCCGUGGCUGGCGAGGACCGAUGGUUCAAGCUGGAACCACGCUCCAGCGCCUCCCGCGUGCAGGGAGACUGCCAGCUAGUGCUCAAGCUGAUCACCACGCAGAGGGAUACGGGCAUGAGCCAGCGCGGGCGGUCGGGCUUCCUGUCCUAUCUGCUGCUGCUCAGCCGUCUGCUGCAGUUCGAGCACCGAGCCGAGGAGCCCAACUCCAGCAGCUGGCGGGGGUCCUGCCCGACACCGCUGCCCUGGCUCUGGGCUGGGGGCCCCCGUAGGCACUGGCAGGUCAGCAGCCGCCACCAUCAGACCUGCACCCUGGACUACGGCUACCUGCUGGGGCUGCUGGAGGACAUGCAGGCGCACUGGGAAGAGGCGGCCUCACUGCCCCAGGAGCAGGAGGAGAGCCUGGCCGACAGCUUCUCUGCCUUCUCCGAGUUCGCGCUGCGGCUGCUGCGCCAGCUGCGGGACUACUUCCCUGCCACCAACAGCACCGCCAUACAUCGCCUGGAGCUGCUGCUGAGGUGUCUGGACAAGCUGCAGCUCUUCCAGCCUUCCUUUGAAGUCUGCCCCUUCGAGACGGAGCUAAACACGGACAUCACUGCUGCCCUGAAAAGAGGAAACCGGGAAUGGUACGACAGGCUCCUGAACGCCAAGAGUCCUCGCGAGCAGCCGGGACCGCAGCGACUUGCUGGGCUGGUGGAGCUGGUUGACGCUGUCUAUGAGGACCUGCAGUCCUGCUACAGCAUCUACGCCAGCCUCUUCCACAGCAUCAUCAAGAUCGACUUCUUCACCCUCACCUUCCGGCAGCUGGAGCGUCUGGUAGCUGAGGAGGUGUGGGUACUGACAGAGGACUUGAGCUCCAAAAUGACCCUCGAGGUGGCGUCCCGGCUCUUCGAGCUCUACCUGUCCCUGGCAGACAUCCAGCGCUUUUGGAGCAGCAUCCUGGGCCGGGACAGCCGCUCCCUGGCCCUGGUCGGCAUCCACGCCCCAUUCCUCCCUGCCGUGAAGCUUUGGCUGCAGGUGCUGCGGGACCAGGCCAAAUGGAGGCUGCAGGGAGCUGUUGAUGUGGACACACUGGAGCCUAUGGAGAACUCCAAGCACAGCAGCUCGGUGGCCACUGCAAGUCUCUGCUUCAGCCACAUCCAGGAGCUGUGGACCUGCUUAGCAUGGCCAGACCCUGUCCAGGCCCAGGGGCUGGGCACCCAGCUUAGCCAGGACCUGUGUGAGGCUGCCCUCUUCUACACUGAGCUGCUGCGGAAGAAGGUGGACACUCAGCCCAGGGCCUCAGGCGAGGCAGUGAGUGAGCCGCUCUGCGUGGUCCUCAACAAUGUGGAGCUCCUGCGCCGGGCGGCUGGCCAGGCACUCCGAGGCCUGGCAUGGCCAGAGGGGGCCGCGGGGCUCACAGGAGGGCUCCCGCGCGCUCUGCUCAACUGCACACAGGCCCUGGACGAGGACCUGCAGCGGGAGGCCUGCACUGUGACGGCGCACCUGACCUCCAAGAUGGUGGGUGACAUCAGGAAGUACGUGCAGCACAUCAGCCUCUCACCUGACUCCAUCCAGAACGAUGAGGCUGUGGCCCCACUCAUGAAAUACCUAGAUGAGAAGCUGGCCCUGCUGAACGCCUUGCUGGAGAAGGAGAACCUGAACAGGGUGCUGGAGGCCCUCUGGGAGCUGCUUUUGCAGGCCAUUCUGCAGGCGCUGGGCACCAACCUUGACGUCUCUGCCGACUUCUACAGCCGCUUCCACUUCACCUUGGAGGCCCUGGUCACUUUCUUCCACGCAGAUGGACAGGGUCUGCCCCUGGAGAACCUGAGGGACGGAAGCUACAAGAGGCUGGAGGAGGAGCUGCGCCUGCACAAGUGCUCCACCCGCGAGUGCAUUGAGCAGUAUUACCUGGACAAACUCAAGCAGAGGUCACUAGAGCAUAACCGGUGUGGGCGCCUGAGUGUCCGUUGCUACUAUGAGGCAGCUGAGCAGCGGCUGGUGGUGGAAGUACUGCACGCUGCUGACCUGCUCCCCCUGGAUGCUAACGGUCUGAGUGACCCCUUUGUGAUUGUGGAGCUGGGCCCGCCGCACUUUUUCCCGCUGGUCCACAGCCAGAGGACCCAGGUCAAGAGCCGGACACUGCACCCGGUGUAUGAUGAACUCUUCUACUUCUCCGUGCCAGCAGAGGUGUGCCGCCGCCGUGGUGCCUGUGUGCUCUUUACGGUCAUGGAUCACGACUGGCUGUCCACCAACGACUUUGCAGGGGAGGCAGCUCUUGGCUUGGGCAGCAUUGGCGGCAUCGUGCGGCCCCAGGUGGGGGGAAGCACGAGGACUGGGCAGCCCAUCACCCUGCACCUGCGCCGGCCCAGAGCCCAGGUGAGGUCUGCACUGAGGAUGCUGGAGGGCCGCACCAACCGGGAGGCACAGGAGUUUGUCAAGAGACUCCGGGAGCUGGAGAAAUUCAUGGAGGCGGACCCAUGAGACCCCUGCGGCUGUGAGCCCCAGAACCCCCCCAAGUCCCCACAGUGUCAUCUCACCCUGUGACCAGCUUAGUGUAGUCAGGGCUGUGGUGCCCCCUCCCCUGCUAUGUGGCGUUCGUGCUAUAGCUGGGUCCCCCAGUUCCUGUCUGCCCUGGCGUGUCCAUGUGGUAUGUGCUAUGAACUCCCUGCACCCAGCAAGGACCCCCCUAACCCUGUAUCUGGGCGGCCAACUUGGCGGGGCCGGGCCAGCAGCUACCCCGUCCACCAGGUGAGCUUCCCCACCUGCCUCCUGAGGGUUCCAUUGCCCCCAGGCACUCGAUUCCCAGUGGGAAGGGGCUUUGCCCCCCAGGGGACUUUAGGUCAUGUUUGGAGACAUUUUAUUUGUCACACCUGGAGGUUGAAGGGGAUGCUUCUGGUACCAGUGGACAAAGUUCAGGGAUGCUGCUUAAUAUCUUCCAAUAAACCAGACAAUACUCUCCCCAACUAAGAACAGUCCCUCCCCAAUGUCACCAGUGUUGCAGCCGAGUUGUCUUAGAAGUUGGGGUUGGGGGAGGGCGCUCACUAGGCUGAGAGGCAGGAAGGCCAGGGUUUGAGUCUGAACAACCCAAACCUUGGAGUGAAGCAGCUCCCAGGGCACCAGGUGGAGGAAAAGUGACAGCCACAGUGUUCUCACCCUCUCUGGGCUCCAGAGCCCUCCACACACGAAGGGCAUGUGGAGGUUUGCUAAGAAUAUCACAGGUCUCCAGUCCCUCACCUGGAUCCUCAGCCCAGGAGGGGGUCCCUUGAGUCACUCUAUGAGGCUGGUGGGUCAGUGUAAGGAGCUCCACGCUGGCUUCUCCUAUCGCAUACAUGUUCGCGCCCACACAAGACCUCCUCCGUGGCCCGCCACCCCCACUGUCCAGACCUUUCCAGCCAGGGUCUGCCUCACCAGAGGCUGAGAGUUCCCCCAAGCGCUGAGGCCAAGUGCAAAGAAACAGAGGCUCACGAAGUGUCCCUGCAGCUUCAUUAGGGACUCUGAGGCAGGACCCAGAGCAAGGCUAUGAUAGAAGCUUUGGGAGAGAACCUGACAGAGCCCAGUGCUGCUCGUAGAUGCGAUGAGCCAGGACUGCCAGGCCUGUCGUCGUUCCCACCAGUUCUGCUGCUGUCGCUAGGUUUCCUCAUCACUCUGCCUUGAAAAAUACACAUCUGGAACCUUCA